ACUAAACUACAGUUUAGUCCAAUUCGCUCGGCUUCGUGCUAUUGAUGGAUGUCUGUAGUUUCCAUAACCCAUUUCUAUAUUUUGAUCGUGACUGAAGAAAUGAGCUAAUUAUCGGUAUCAUCUUUACUUUACUGAUUUCGUGUGUCCUGUGGAUCGUAUCCUUUCCAUACUUCCAUUGGCGAUUUCACAGAUAUUUUUUCAGGCAUGCCUUUGAGGAACAUCCUAGUAAUAUCAUAAUUGCGAAUUCAGAAGGUUUUCUGUUAACUUAAUAUCAACAGACACUGUUCGUGUUGCAAACUCCUUAUGCUGAGAAGAAAAUAGCUGACUUGUGAUUUUCUUGUGCUUCUGCUGUUCAUGAAAGUGAAUAAAGGUGGUAUGAGCGAGGGCUACUCUUCGCAGGGCUAUAGGCUAAGGAAGCCAGAGAGUAAUAGAGGGCACUACCAUAAGGAUGUCAUGCCAGGGAGUGAGCUCUGGACUGAUGGUCUUAUUUGUGCUUUCGAGUUUGUUAGUGGACAGAAAAAAAUUGGAUCAAAAUCUUCUACAAAGGGUUUACCACUUUAUGAAAUAGAUAAUGAAAUUGUUAGAAAGCCUUCUAAAGCGGCCGAGGCUUCUGCUGAGAGCACCAACGGGGACAGUUUGCUGGAUUCUACCCCUAUUGUUGAGUCGAGAGCACAGGAAAUUUCUCCAGCUGAUGGCAAGAUGGACAGCCAAAGCUCUCCCCACCAGCAUCUUCAUAAUUUGGAUAGAGUUGGAGGGAGCCGUUGGAUUCCUAUUGGUUGGGCUAGGAUUUUUGAACUGGUGCAAACUGUUCAAGCGGAUGCUGGAUGGUCCACCCAGCAGUUUGAUCUCAUGGAUGAUGAAGAUGGCCUCACUGUUGCGGAUUUAGCCGCUCCCUAUUGGGAGCGUCCAGCUGGACCUAUAUGGUGGUGCCAUGUGACUGCUGGUCAUCCUUCUGUAGAUGCAUGGCUCAGCCAUGCCCUGUGGUUACAUCCUGCAAUUAGUAUUGCUUUAAGAGAUGAAGGUCGGCUAAUAAGUGAAAAAAUGAAACACCUCUUGUACGAGGUCCCAGUAAGGGUGGCUGGAGGGCUAUUAUUUGAGCUGUUGGGGCAAUCUGCUGGUGAUCCAUAUGUUGAUGAAGAUGACAUCCCUGUUGUAACUCGUUCUUGGCAAGCACAGAACUUUUUAGUUACGGUUUUGCACGUGAAAGGAUCAGCAAAAAGCAUCAAUGUUUUGGGUAUCACAGAAGUUCAGGAACUUCUUCUUGCUGGUGGCUAUAAUGCACCAAGGACAGUACAUGAAGUCAUUGCGCAUUUAGCUAGCCGCCUUGCUAGGUGGGAUGACAGGUUAUUUCGGAAAUCGAUAUUUGGUGGAGCGGAUGAAGUGGAAUUGAAGUUUGUUAACAGGAGGAACAAGGAAGAUCUGAAUCUCUUAGUAAUAAUUCUCAACCAGGAAAUCAGAAGAUUAUCAAGACAGGUUAUUAGAGUGAAAUGGUCACUUCAUGCUAGGGAAGAGAUUGUUUUUGAACUUCUUCAGCAUUUGAGAGGAAAUACAACUAGAAUUCUACUUGAAGGAAUAAGAAAGAGUACGAGGGAAAUGAUUGAAGAGCAAGAAGCAGUUCGUGGACGCAUAUUUACAAUUCAAGAUGUCAUGCAGAGCAAUCUCCGUGCAUGGUUGCAGGAUAAGAGUCUCAGAGUUUCUCAUAAUUUAGCUGUCUUUGGUGGAUGUGGCCUUGUUCUUACGAUCAUCACCGGUCUUUUUGGAAUCAAUGUGGACGGGAUCCCUGGAGCUGCGAACACGCCUUAUGCGUUCGGUCUAUUCUCAGUCCUCCUUGUCGUCCUAGGCAUCGUGCUCAUUGCUGUUGGCUUGCUAUACCUCGGGUUAAAAAAGCCGAUCAGUGAAGAGCAGGUCGAAAUUAGGAAACUUGAGUUGCAGGAGUUGGUCAACAUGUUCCAACAUGAGGCUGAGACUCACGCACAGGUUCAUAAGCAUAUUUCUCGGCAUAACUUGCCCCCGACAGCUGGUGAUAAGUUGAUCGAAGACACAAAUUAUGCUCUUAUCCAAUAAUUUCAACACCUCAAAACCAUUCAUUAGUUAAAUAACUGCAGUAGUAGGAUAAUUAAGACACCAGUGGUCAAGGACUCCUAGCGCGCGCUCGAGUGUAUUGGUGCCUGUUUACUUGUAAAAGAUAUUCCCAACUCUUCUUGUCAAUCAUCAGAGGUAAUACCAAUAGCAGUUUUCCUUAC